AUGAUAUUGUAGUUGUAGCACACUGUGAGCUGUGGAUCCUCCUAGGCUCGGCGUUGAACGUGUCGUGUGACGGAUCCCUCUCUUUCUGUGGCGAAGGUCAGAAGGCAUUGGCACGUCGUCGGCAUUAAUACUGUUUAUACUUGUGCACUUGGCUAAAUAAUAAUAAUACACUCACACACACACAUAUACACAAACACCGAUUGAAAUUUCAUCGUCGUCGCCGUCGACGAAUCCAUCAGCCAGUCAGUUUUUUGUCUUUGCCGUCGAAACACAAAAUUUGUAUCAAUUUUAUACACACCACAGCUCGUCGACAUAUUUUUUAGUGUCCAAAAGUUGUUUUUUAGAUUUGUUUUUUUUUUCUCCUUUACUAUCUUUCAUCAUCAAAAUUCAGUUUCUGUGCGUGUCUCUCUAUCGAUCAUAUGUCGCGCAGUGUCGUACACGGUGCCCGACAACUGUAAAUACUUGGUCAAGCAAGACUUUGAUCGAACCGAUCAACGGCCAUAUCGGCUGCUUCGACUAGACGUUUGUCCGGAGGCCAUUCCACUCAGAUGAAAUGCGAUACGGCGUAUUCAUUUUCGGAAAUACCAAGUUCAGUGUAGUCGGUUUUAGCCUCAUCGUCAUAUCGUACGCAAUGUAUUUCUUUGAUCCAGUGGAAAUUAUCAAAACAGCAAAAUUGACGUUCGUCGAAGGCUCUUACAUCUAUCGGGUGUGGCAAAAGCCGCCGGUCAAAGUAUUCAUAAACGUGCACAUGUUCAACAUAACCAACCACGAGCGGUUUUUGGCGGGCCAAGACGAGAAAAUCCGUGUCGAGGAAGUGGGGCCGUACGUAUACUGGGAGGAGCUGGAGCACACAAACGUGACGUUCAACGAUAACGGUACAAUAACGUACAUUCCAAGGAGAACUUUGCAUUUUGAUAGGUCUUUGUCGGUCAGCGAUCCGAAGACUGACCGCAUCUUCGUGGCCAACUUGCCAUUACUGGGAUUCUCUACAGUGUUGCGUAACGGUCCGAAGGUCGUCAACAUGAUGUUCGACUCGUUGGUGCACAUGAUCGACUCUCAGCCCAUCCUGGAGUUAACCGCAAACGAUUUCCUCUGGGGAUACGACGACCAGCUGGUAAAGUUAGCUAACCAAGUGCUGCCCAAUUGGAUUGAUUUCCCCAGAUUUGGCCUGCUAGAUCGGAUGCUUAACGAAGGAACGAACGUGGUCACCAUGGUUUUACCGUCUGAAAAACACACCCAGCGUUCGUACAGCAUCGACAAUUUCAACGGUUCGCCGAUUUUGCCUCAGUGGGUUGACAAAAAUCAUCCCGACGAACCGAACAAGUGUACUUUGGAGGAAGCCAUGGAAGGAGUGGUUUUUCCCAGACACUUAACGCCGGACAUGCAUUUCCCGAUGUACCGCAAAGCGUUUUGCCGGACGUUGCCGUUGAAGUACACCUCGGCUGGAGAUACAAAAAACGGUUACCCGGUGCACUUUUACAAGUUUCCCAUGGACGCCUUUAAUUCGAGUCUCGAGCAAAACAAAUGUUACUGCCAGGACGGAGAUUGCCUGCCCGCCGGCCUGUCCGACCUGUCGCCGUGUUACUACAAUAUUCCAGUGGCCGUUUCGUUUCCUCAUUUCUACGGCGGUGAUCCUUCUCUGGUGGACAAUGUUGAAGGCAUUUCGCCGGUAAAGGAAGAACACGAAUCGCUGGUGGCCAUACAACCGGACAUCGGCAUACCGUUGGAGGCCAACCUUAAAGUCCAAAUAAAUUUGGUCGUCAAAACGACGGAUGCGAUCGAACGGGUAAUGAAAUUCGACGGGAUGGUAAUGCCCAUAUUUUGGUUGCACAUGGAAAUCAAGAGUUUGCCGGACUCGCUUAACAACCUGUUGUUUUUGUGCUUCUUCGUGGGACCUAUCCUGGUUAAGGUAGUCAUUGCCCUGUUGGCUUCAGCCGGCGUGGCGCUGAUCGUCUUGCCCACGGUCCGGUCGUGGGUUGGCAAGAACAAGGGCAUAGCGUCAGCUCUGUGCUGCUGCGUUCGGCGUCCCCACGGGCACCGCCUUCGAACCCCUCAGGACCUCGAGCACGGCGGUGACCACUGUGGCGGCGGGUGCGUAGGCCGAGACGGUAGCUGUGCCGAUGCUUGCCGGCUGGUCUUGGCCGCCGACGAUAGCAAGGCCAAGGAGUCCUGUGGGGCCGGCAAGACAGGGCCGAUAAUCCUUACCGCACCCACCAUUGUCAAGGUCAAGUCCGGCAAAUCCAAAAAGUCCACCGGCGCCGCUCAGUACUCGCCUUUGGGCGUGAUCGUUCCUAAGACCAUCUUCGAACCGGAUGGCGACGACGCCAGGAGCCGAUGAACCCGCCUCCCCGUGUUUAUUAUAUAGGUUUGUGCCAUGUAAGUUUGGAAAAAUCAAACAGGUGUGUUUGCCCCUCAUCCCAGACGCGAAAGAAAAAUAUUAACAUUACCAAAGCCGGUAUCUACUACACAUCACACACAAAACUCUUAACAAAUACUAACACCCCCCCCUCCCCACCGGCUCGUAUUUUAUUGUUUUUUCCAAGGUUAAGUUAGGUCCGGGGUCUGCCGCACGCCAUUUUGUUAGUGCAAUUUAUAUAUUAUUUUUUGUUGUUUAAACAACUUUGAUUGGUCACACGACGAUUUGCUUAGGAUAAUGAUAAAUAAUUAUUGUUAUAGCUAUGCGCGAUAAUUACAUAGGUAUAUAUAUGUAAAUAUAUAUACAAAUAUAGUUAUUAUGUAUUUUAUGUAAAUAACGUUUCGUUGAGUGGUUUUUUUCUUGUUGUAAAAAAAAUAAAAUUGAAUUUGACGCAACCACGUUUGGUAAAUAUAUAUUUUUCUUUUUUGUAAUACUCGGCUGGAAAUUAGAGUGUACACACCGCCAGAGAGUAUUGACAGGUGUUAUAGCCGUUUAGGAAAAAAAAAUAUGUUCCAAAUCGGCUUAACAAGAUAACAAGAGUUGGCAACCGUUUUCAGUGUAACUAGCCGUGACUGCGUGCGUUGGUCCUUAUUAUAAGUAAUUGUAUACUAGUUGUUUGAGAGGUAAAUCGAUAGCUCCGGAUUGUGUUUUCAGUGUAAUUUUAUGGCUGAUAUUUUUCCCGGUCGCAUUUUAAUGAAAUCACGUACACCGGCAAAUCCUCUCAUUUGUCAAACGACCUCUUGCCAGACCUAUAAAUACCGCCCACAGUUUUGCAUCGCGACACAAUAUUAUAUUAUGUGAUUCUGUUCCGUUAAUUAAAAUAUUAUCAAUCAAAAAACAAAUCAGAUUCACCGUCAAAAUAAAUUGUCCGUUUCGGUUGAAUAACAAAAUACGUAAAUUGAAACUAAUGUUGUACGAUUGAUUUAUUUAUCAUUGCCAUAUACAUUAUGCCGGAAUGUUUAUUUAACUUACGUUUUCUCUUGAGUAGUUUUUUUUUUUUAUUGACAGUGUAAGAGCCGUACAUAAUGACUAACCCGUCAACAGACAGGCGUUGCAUUUGUCGGUAAGGUUUUCUUUAAUUCUUUUAUAAAACUAAAUGAAGGUAAAUAUAAAACCAACAAAAACUCUGUUUAACGAACCAUAAAAGCUAACCAACCGCGCAUUUAUUUGCCGUUAAAAACAUCAUAUAAUACAAACAGUGAUCGUGUAAAAAAAAAAUUCUAUAAAAUUAAUUUUUCGCGUUCGCGCCUUUUUUAUUUGGCCUUAAUGACAUAUACCUAUAAUAUCUGUUUUUUCUUUACUUACCUUCGUUGUCUUAAAGACACCCGCGCUACAAAGCUACUUAAACCACACUAAAACGGUUGGGUUAGGAAUUUAGACACAGCUAUUAUACCGUUGGUUAUAAAAUCAUUUGUUGGUUGGAACAACAACGGUUGGACACACAAAAUAAUAAUAUACUUAUAAUAUACUUACUUGCGUUAAAAAAAAAUAAUUGUUCUUUUUUUUUUGCAUAUUUUUAACAUUAAAACAAAUAGCCAUCGGAUAUACGGUGGAUGCACGUUCAUACUAUUAUAAUAAUUAUUAUAUUAUAUACUUACAUCAGUAAUUAUUAUAAUUAUAUUUAUUAUUAACAAUACAUUAUUGUUUUUUUUUUGUAUUAUUUAUUUUGCCAGAGAGUUAGUAAAUUGUAUACGAACAUAAUAAACGACACUUU